AUGUUGAACACCCCCUGUGUCCCUGCAGGCUGGUGCGCACUCGGGUUCGGGUGUCUGCGGGAGGUUGGGAGCAGUUGCCAUGAAUCCAUGAGGGAGAACGCAGACAAAAACACACUUUGACUUUCCGACAAUAUGUCACUGUGUAUAAGGACCGGAUUUUACCGCCAAGAGAUCAACAAAACAGUUUGGGAUGUACCGGAAAGAUACCGAGAUCUCAUCCAAGUGGGCACCGGCGCGUACGGAACGGUUUGCUCUGCCAUUGACAGGAAGACUGGUAUACGCGUUGCUAUCAAGAAACUCCAUCGUCCUUUCCAGUCUCGACUCUUUGCCAAGCGAGCUUACAGAGAACUGCGACUAGUCAAACACAUGAAGCAUGAGAAUGUGAUCGGACUGUUGGAUGUCUUCACGGCUGAACUAUCCCUGGACAGAUUCCAUGACUUUUAUUUGGUGAUGCCAUUCAUGGGCACUGACCUUGGGAAGCUUAUGAAGAUGGAAAGGUUGUCUGAAGACAGAGUGCAGUUUCUUGUGUAUCAAAUGCUCAGGGGGCUGAAGUAUAUUCAUUCUGCUGGAAUCAUUCACCGAGAUCUAAAACCGGGGAACUUGGCUGUGAAUCAGAACUGUGAGCUGAAGAUACUGGAUUUUGGGCUGGCGAGGCAGGCAGACUCAGAGAUGACAGGUUAUGUGGUGACCAGGUGGUACAGAGCGCCUGAAGUCAUCCUGAACUGGAUGCACUACUCACAGACAGUUGACAUCUGGUCAGUUGGUUGUAUCAUGGCAGAGAUGCUUCUUGGAAGGCCACUCUUCAAAGGAAAUGAUCAUUUGGACCAAUUGAGAGAGAUUAUGAAAAUCACAGGGACACCAGCACAGGACUUUAUCCUGAAACUCCAGAGUCAGGAUGCCAAAAACUACAUUAGAAGUUUGCCUAAAGUGCCAAAGAAAGACUUGCACUCUAUUUUCUUUAAAUCCAGCUCAGAUGUGGUGAGUUCCAUGGACAAGAUGCUUGUGUUGGAUCCUGACAAGCGUGUGAGUGCCUCGAUGGCUCUUGAGCUUCCCAUGUUUGCAGACUUUCGAGAGCCUGAAGAAGAGACAGAGGCUUUGCCCUACGACCACUCCAUGGACAACGCUGACCUGCCUCUCGAGCAGUGGAAACGUCACACUUUUACAGAGAUCCUGUCCUUUCAACCACCGCUCAUUGAGCUCAGAGACUCCAAAGACACUUCUCUCUGAGUGGAUACACACACAUAGCAGUGUCUGCCAAUGAAAAACUGCCAUUCAAACUAUGUGCGUGCUAGAAAACAUAGAAGAAUUUCUUGAAAAUGAUAUUUCGUGUACAGAUUGUUUGUGUACUUCCUGUAGCUUGUAUAUUUUUAUUAAGCAAUUUAGAAAGAAAUGAAACAAUUUCUGAAUAAAAUGUACAGGAUCAGUAAGUCAGCCCAUAUUUAAUGUAAACAUUUUUUUGUUCCUGUAGUUCAGUUCCUUCAUGUAACUUAAUAAAAUAAAUAUGCUUUCCAGCCAACACUGGCCUGUGACAACCAAAGCAAGUGAACAGUGCUAUACUGUAACUUCAUCAAUCUCUAAAUGGGAGUGCAGGGGGUUCUGUGCAAAACUAUUUCAGAUUUAAG